AUGCAGAGAUUCGUUAGGGAAUGCCUCCAUCCGGAUGGAGUCCUGUUGUUGCAAUUCGUUCGUGAGCACGUCGGUGGUCGAGUUGCAUACGAUCUUGUCAACAAAAUUUUUGAGCAAUUUGCGGAAAAUGAUAAUUCAUCAAAUAACUCGAUGAAGAAGCAACCUCCUUCACCAAUUGAGAAAUACUCGCGGCCUCCCCACUUCCUCGGCUUCCCACAACGGCAUUCCUCGAAUCAGGGUUACUUCCCUGCACUAAGCUCUGCUCCAAUGCUUGAGGACUACAUGGAUCAUGGCACGAUGAGAAUUGGAGAAAAAGGCGAUAAUCAGGCUGAUCACUCGUCACGACGUAGUCCAACCGACGUCUGA